AUGCGCUUCACCGUCGCUGCCACCGCUGCCCUUGUCUCCUCUGCUGCUGCUGCUCCAUGGGGACCUGGCGGUGCUUGGUGGGGCAGGCCCAACCCAGGCAAAUGCUUGACUGCCGACUCGGCUCAAUACCUCGUCGACGGCUUCGAGGGUCUGAUCUCAGCCUACACUGACGCCAACGCUGACAAGCUUUUGUCCGACGACUUCAGCGACUACUCUGACAGCAUCAACUCUUUGGCCGGUAUCCCCGUUGGUCAAGUCACCUUCCCCAGCAAAGCUGCAUUCAAGGCUGGCCAGGGCGCACAGCCAGCUGUCCCCAUUUCGACUCUCGCCAUUGAGUCUUUCACUUGCGAUACCAUUGCUCUCCGUUGGCUCGUCGGGCUCCAACCUGAGCCAGUCAAGGGUAUCACCAUCUUGAAGGCAUCCAACGCCCAGGGCAAAAAGGAUACCUGGCAAAUCAAGACCAUCUUCACCGAGUUCAACAGCAUCUCAUGGUUGAAGGACAUUGGUGGCAAGGUCACCCUGCCCGGCCGUUCAUAA